CGGGCCGCACAACAACGUGCCCAUUCACCGAGUACGGGCGCACCCGCUCUGGAUCGGGAUUAAAAAACACGGUGGCCAGAUUUACCAAGAAAUCACAGCAGACGUACAUACAGGCUUUGUCAGUGGAUAUCAUUGAUUUUCGACGGUAAAAUCUGCGGGAGUUCGGAGUUGUGGCGUCUCUAUUUGCGGAGUGAGUGAAUUCGAAGGGGCGAGACGGCACUCGGUACAUGUGAUGUAGUCUUUGCUCACUCCACAACAGAACGUACAGGGCCUAGGGUCGGCAACUAGUGUGGACUGACUGCGUUCGGUUUAAAACAUCACCCUAAUGCUGCUGACCUGAGUGUGCGGUGACGUAGGCAGGAUGAGUUCGAACGGUGUGACGUACCAGUCCCGGCGCCGAGCGGUGCCGACUGUUGCCGACAUCGUCCGAAGGAGCGAGGAGAACAGGAGGUACAACAAGCGCUCACAGGCGAGACUCAACCACAAACUGGAGGGUUCCCACGGGCUGGAGGCCGUGAAGACCUACCAGCUGUCCACUAUGACAAAGGAGAAGAAGAGAAUCGAGCGGGAAUUGGAGAAGAUACGAGAGGGAAAAUACAGCCAGCGCGGGCGCGGGUUCGGUACGCAGAUCUCCCUGCGCCAGUCCUCCGGGCAGGAGGCGGAGAACGAGCGGGACGUCCGGAGGUCGGGUCUGCCCGCCAUCAGCCCCAGGCGAGGGACCGCCGCUGCCAGUAAGACGGUGGAACUGUCCUCCUCCCCAACAGACAUAGAAGAAGAGCUGGAGCUGUCCAGGAAGUCCCGAGAACUGAAGGCGAUCCUGGAGGCUCAGAACAAGAGCCUGCAGGAGAAGGUCAACCAGUUCAUCGGCGUAGACCACGAGAGGGCCAAGAGGAAAUCCUCGCGAGAUUCCCCGAGACUUCCGCGUGGAGAGAACGGGAUGGAACUCAACAUGGACGAGGUUAAAGAGUCGAUCGCGAAGAGACUGGCUUCAAAGAGCAGCAUCGAAAGUACGGAUCGCGGCGGAGAAGAGCCACGGAUGGACUCCGUAGUCCCCGUGCUACCGGACAUUAACCAAGACUCGCCUGGACGGGUGAACAGUCUUGUAGCACAGUCAUCACCGGGGUCGCAGAACAAGAAGAGCGAUCUACAGAGCGUCGAAGACUUUCUAGCGAACCCGGUGUUUAACCCCGAGCUGUACGCACCUGACGGGCAUGUAAGGACUUUACACACCUUGCCCAACUUUAAGGACUCCUUCGACGAAGCUAAGAAGGCUCGGUACCUCAGGCUUGGGAAGGGAGAACUGCUGCCCAGCGAAAUUCCGCUGUCGGUGAACGAGAUAUUUGCUAAACAUGAAGAGAUGGAGGACGCCCAGGAAUAAGCACGGAGGUCCUAGAGCUAAUUAUGAAUACCUAGUGAGACAAUAAAAUGACUCCCAACUGAACCAAUUUAAGCGCAAACCAGCACCAAGAGACCACGUCUAGUGAGAUAUUAGACGUAAAACAAGGACAAAAAAUGUUAACUAACUCAUAGAGAUCCCAGCCCAUUUCAUGUUCUUCGUUGGCCAAUAUUCUUUCUAUCCUCUUAAGAAUGGUUAUGCUUAUGAUCAUCAUAUAGAUUAGAGCGAACUGUGGCAUAUGACAGAACAGUGGAAGUCAGAAGUCGUUUAUUUGUACUUUGUUCAGUGCUUACGGAAGGGUUCAAAUCGGCGCACGUGUACUUUGAAAAGUUGACGGACAGCCCAGAGCUAGAAAUACGUCAGUCGCCCACCACAAAGCCACGGUCAUUGAUUAGAAAGCGGACAUUCCAGACAGACGCUGCCGGCCGCCUAACAACGUUUACCGUCGGUCUAUCUGGACAUGCCGACACGCACGGCAAAAAAAAGCACGCCAGGCGUUUCUUAG